UUUUAAGAGAACACGCACUUACUCGCGUUUCACUGGACUACUGGAGUCACCGGAGAAAUCCCCCUUAAAAACUCUUAGCGGCGGCGUCUCUGUCUAGUAUCUACUAUCUACUCAACAAAGACUGGAUGUCGUGGGUUAUAUCUGCCUGUGCCUUUGCACCGGCGGCCACGCCGGUGGUGAUCUCUGCCGACUUGUCGCUGCAUACAUCUGCUGGCCGGCUCAAACCCAUUUCCCUCUCUUGGGUUUCUUCUUUUCCUACUCUGAACUUGGCCGUCGGUAGCGAACCACUGGUACAGCCCUCGCCUUCUUCCAAUAACAAGAAUUCACGCAGUCCUUUCGUUCGAGCUGCGUGGACCAGGCGAUCUCGUGGUGAGCUGGCAAAGCAACCAAACAAGAAGUCAUGGAAACAGAGGACUGACAUGUACAUGAGGCCCUUCUUACUAAACGUUUUCUUUUCGAAGAGAUUUGUCCAUGCCAAAGUGAUGCACCGGGGGACAAGCAAAGUAAUAUCUGUUGCUACCACAAACUCCAAGGAGCUUAGGAACAGUUUACCCUCCCUUACGGAUCACAGUGCCUGCAGACUUAUUGGUGAGCUCAUAGCAGAGAGAUCAAAAGAAGCCGAUGUAUAUGUAAUGUCUUACGAACCGAGAAAGAACGAGAGGAUUGAGGGCAAGCUUGGGAUUGUUAUCGACACCAUUAAGGAGAACGGAAUCAUUUUUGUUUAACCUGGUAAUUGGUAGUGAUAUGCAGAACUUCAGAUGAUCUUUAAUCGUGUCUCGGGAGUUU